AUGUCUUCCAGCACCGGUUACGUCAUGUACUUAAUCCUACGUCGUGACCUGACGUCAUCGCUUGGAUGGCCCUUGGGUGCCGUAUGCACACAGGCGGCACAUGCUGCAUCUGCUGUCAUGUGGUUGUACAGGAACGACCCGAACACAUUGGAAUACACGAAAGAACUAGAUUCUAUGCAUAAAGUGACUUUAGGGGUAGAUUCAGAGGACGAACUCCAUAAAGUGGAAGAACGACUGAAGGCCAGAAAUGUAGAUCACAAGGUCUGGAUUGAAGAUGGACAAUCGGUUUGCAUUGCUUUGAAGCCAUAUCCAAAGGAGCAAGUCAAAAACGCGAUGAAAGGAUUAAAACUGUUUUGA